GGCGCAGUUGUCCCCAUCCUAAUAAGCGGAGAGUAGUUCGAAUUGAUUCUGCGCAUUAGAACUGGCGCCAAGAUCAAGCGUUUGUACUAUAGUGCCACGGUCCGACCUAAAAAUUUGACGUUAGUUUGAUCCACUGAUCUCUACUAGAGUAGAGGUCAGUUGUUUGAUCUUGUGAUCAAGCUUGCUAAGGUCACUCUGCCCGUGCUAAGCUCACUUGUUGCUCCGGUUAGCUCAAUGUUAGAAAAUAAAUCGAGAACCACUAAUACAGGCGGAACCUUAGAAGACUAGCGUACCAACAAUCCGCGCAGCUCCGAACACAGCAAAUUGGCAAGCAUGUCAACCAUUUUCGUUAGGUGCCAGCCCCAAAGGAGAGAGUCUCAGCUCUUGAUCAAGAACCUGGAACUACUGCACAUAGAUCCCCUACAUGGUGUCAGAUUUGAAGAGGAAGACUUCCGAGGCAAGAACGCUUCCACCACUGUCCGACACGUGCUUCAUGGUCUCUACUGUGCCCAUGACAAGAAGGCAGCACAAAAGAAGUUGAAAAAUGUCUGGCCAGUCAAGCCUGGGGAGCCUGACAAAGAAUUCCGUGCAGUGAUUGUUACCUGGAUCUCAACGCUGCAAGAGAACCACACUGCUGCCCCCUUCCUUCAAGGAUUCAGCGCAGCUCUCCUUCUGCGCCCAGGAACACCACAGUGCUCAAAGUUCCUCACUGGGCUGUCCACCUUUGUGCUUCAAGACAGGCUAAAGGAUAAGAUAGACCUGGCCUAUGACUUUAGUCAUGGAGCUGUGAAUCUAAAUGUUAUCAAGUUUGUUACACAGAAAAAUAAGUCCACUUUUAUCAAUUUGCAAAAGCAACACAAUGCAAUUGAAGCAAACUAUGCGGAUGAGGAAAGGCACUUGAAAGAAUUGCUGUCAGACUUAAAUAUGUCACUGCGAUCUUUGAGAGCUGAGGUGGAGAAGUACGUUCCUGAUGAGUCCUUUGAAAGGCUGACUAUGAUCCAUAAGGAACUACGUGAUCGGAACGGACUUAUUUCAACAAGAGUGGAGCAAAUUGAAGACUACUGUGCGCUCCAGAAUGGGCUCAUCACAAUUGAUCUGGUUGGAGGGCUUGAAAAGUGCAACGCAAUCAGCAGACAGUUUCUUGAAGGAUUUGACAGUAUAGCCUGCGAAGAACAGCAUCUCCGUGUAGCAGUGGCAAACAUGCAUCUGGAUGCCAUGAAAAAGACUGUGGAACGACUGCAAGCGCAGAGGGAGACGUUGGAGCGAAUGAAAGCAGACAUUAAGCGACGCUUGUGUGAGACCACCAAGAGCUUGCCCACAGAAGUGGUUGGAAAGGGCUUGAAGAUAAAAACCGGUUUCAUGAAGCCUUGAGUCAACGUGGAAGACUUCGACAAACUUUCAGCUACUGACAGAAACUGCAGCAGCACACAUUACUAAUCACAUCUGUUGUUAUUCUUAUGAGAAGAGUGGAGUAUUUUUCUAUGCCAAAUGUCUAAGAAGUCCUGCACUCUGAAGUGUUCGUGUCCGACACAAAGAAAAGAACAAUACAGAAACUUGCUUUUC